AUGAGCACCUGGUCAAGCUCUCAAGCCUCCCAGGCAAAGUCUGUUACAACGGAAGAAGAGCCAAAAGAUAUAAGUAUGUUUGAGCUGCUCCGGUGGCUAGAGAAAACGUUCCCGAAGGAGUGCGAAGAGAAGAUAAAAUAUAUGACGACUUUGGACGAGAUACACCAGUGGUUAGAGAAAAACCACCCGGAAGAGGUCAAAAGGUUGUUUCUGAGUCGAGCCAACAAGGGAACAACCAAUGUCGCCUUCGUACGUUCCCCCUCUCAGUCAAGUGUUGUCCUUCGUGCUCUGCAAAAAGACUGGAACAACGCCUAUUUUCCGCACUCCCUAGUUGCGCUACGGGACCUCAUUCGGCGAUACCAGCUGCUCGAUGUGAGCAAAUAUUACGCAAAGACCUUAGUAUUCGUUCAGAGCAGCGGUAUGGGUAAAUCAAGAUUAGCAGAUGCUUUCGGCCAAUGCUGUCUGAUGAUCAACUUCAUUCUUCGUGAGUCUGGGACUUCCGGCUUUCCACCUCCUGAUGAAGAGAUACUAUUAUUCCUGCGCGACCCGCCGCCAGCCAACAUCCCCCAUUUGUGA